CGCACACACAUACGCGGACACACCUCGAGCUCCGCGACCUCUCGAUCACCAACUGCUUCGAUUGAUUCUCUUCCCAUAAUUAAACAACUGCUCUUCUUGCACACUAAAUUUUACUUUGCAGUCCUCACUGCACGACCCGUACUCAAUUCGAAGCAUCGGAUGGUACGGUACUAUCAGUGCAGCUAGUUACGGAAACCGUAAUUGAUGGAACUGGGGCGGAACUGAGUGCGUAUGAAUGCUUGCUACGAGGCUCGAUGCGGCUUUUAGGGCUGAGUGAGAGUGUGAAUUUGGGGGUGAGUUGGAAAGGGAAGGCGUGGUUAAAUGAAAUUGCUGAAUGGAAGGAUUUGGUUUUGAGAAUGGGUGAGUCAAAGACUGGUGGUGGCGUUUAGGUUUUCGUUUUUGCGUGAUAUCGCGGACGGAUAGGAUGGCUUCGGAUCUUAGCAGGGCUGGUCCCGUCGAAAGGGAUGUCGAGCAGGCCAUUACUACUCUUAAGAAAGGGGCAUACUUGCUCAAGUAUGGAAGAAGGGGGAAGCCCAAGUUUUGUCCAUUCCGGCUUUCCAAUGAUGAGUCUGUUCUGAUAUGGUAUUCGGGGAAAGAGGAGAAGCACCUUAAGCUAAGCCACGUGUCUAGAAUUAUUUCUGGACAACGCACUCCAAUCUUUCAAAGGUAUCCACGGCCUGAGAAGGAGUAUCAGUCAUUUUCGCUCAUAUAUAAUGACAGAUCGCUAGAUUUAAUUUGCAAGGAUAAAGAUGAAUCUGAGGCAUGGUUUGGUGGUUUAAAAGCACUAAUUUCACGUUUCCAUCACCGUAAAUGGAGAACAGAAUCAAGGAGUGAUGGAAUCCCUUCUGAAGCAAAUAGUCCUAGAACAUGCACCCGAAGAAGUUCUCCUUUGAAUUCUCCUUUUGGUAGUAAUGAAAGCAUGCAGAAGGAUAGUGGAGAUCACCUUCGCCUUCAUAGUCCAUAUGAAAGUCCCCCAAAGAAUGGUCUAGAUAAAGCAUUAUCGGAUGUCAUAUUGUAUGCUGUUCCUCCCAGGGGUUUCUUCCCUUCAGAUUCUGCUAGUGCUUCAGCCCAUUCUUUGUCAUCAGGAGGAUCCGAUAGCAUACAGGGUCACAUGAAGGCAAUGGCGAUGGAUGCUUUCAGAGUUAGUCUAUCAAGUGCUGUUAGCUCAUCAAGCCAAGGUUCUGGUCACGAUGAUGGUGAUGCCCUGGGGGAUGUUUUUAUUUGGGGGGAAGGAAUAGGGGAUGGUGUUCUGGGUGGUGGAAUUCAUAGAGCUGGGAGUGGUUUUGGUGUGAAAAUGGAUUCUUUGUUGCCAAAAGCCUUAGAGUCUGCAGUAGUACUUGAUAUCCAGAACAUUGCCUGCGGUGGACAGCAUGCUGCCUUAGUAACCAAACAAGGAGAGAUUUUCUCCUGGGGAGAGGAAUCUGGAGGCAGACUUGGGCAUGGAGUAGACUCUGAUGUUUUGCAUCCAAAGCUAAUCGAUGCCCUUAGUAGUACUAACAUUGAGCUUGUAGCUUGUGGUGAGUACCAUACGUGUGCUGUAACACUUGCUGGUGAUUUGUACACGUGGGGUGAUGGGACUUUCAAUUUUGGUCUUCUUGGGCAUGGAAAUGAAGUGAGUCAUUGGGUCCCGAAGAAAGUAAAUGGGCCCUUGGAGGGCAUACAUGUUUCAUCUAUCUCUUGUGGACCCUGGCACACUGCUGUCGUAACCUCUGCUGGGCAAUUGUUUACUUUUGGAGAUGGCACAUUUGGUGUUCUGGGCCAUGGAGAUCGGAAAAGCAUUUCAAUACCAAGGGAAGUGGAAUCCCUCAAGGGGCUCCGCACAGUCCGAGCAGCUUGUGGUGUUUGGCAUACUGCUGCAGUUGUAGAAGUCAUGGUUGGGAAUUCAAGUUCCAGCAAUUGCUCUUCAGGAAAGCUGUUUACUUGGGGAGACGGGGACAAAGGUCGUCUUGGGCAUGGUAAUAAGGAAGCCAAACUUGUGCCCACCUGUGUUGCUGCUCUUGUUGAACCCAACUUUUGUAGAGUUGCCUGUGGACAUAGUCUAACGGUUGCCCUUACAACCUCUGGCCAUGUCUACACAAUGGGCAGUCCUGUUUAUGGCCAGUUGGGGAAUCCCCAGGCUGAUGGGAAAAUCCCUAUUCGUGUUGAAGGAAAGCUCUCCAAGAGUUUUGUGGAGGAGAUAGCUUGCGGUGCUUAUCAUAUUGUGGUUUUAACUUCAAGAACCGAAGUCUAUACUUGGGGCAAGGGAGCAAAUGGUCGUUUAGGCCAUGGGGAUACAGAUGAUAGAAACUCCCCAACGUUAGUAGAAGCUCUGAGAGAUAAACAAGUCAAAAGUAUUGCCUGUGGUAUUAAUUUUACAGCAGCUAUAUGCCUUCACAAGUGGGUCUCUGGUGUUGACCAGUCUAUGUGUUCUGGCUGCCGACUGCCAUUUAAUUUUAAAAGAAAACGUCACAAUUGUUAUAAUUGUGGACUUGUUUUUUGUCAUUCAUGUAGCAGUAAGAAGUCUCUUAAGGCUUCUAUGGCACCAAAUCCCAACAAACCUUAUCGUGUCUGUGAUAAUUGUUUCAGUAAACUAAGGAAAGCUAUUGAAAGUGAUGGUUCAUCUCAUUCUUCUGUGAGCAGAAGAGGAAGUAUCAAUCAAGGGUCACUCGAGUUCUUUGAGAAAGAUGACAAGUUGGAUUCCAGAUCUCGUGUACAACUUGCUAGAUUUUCUUCAAUUGAGUCCUUGAAGCAAGUGGAAACCCGAUCUUCUAAAAAAAAUAAGAAACUAGAAUUUAACAGCAGUCGGGUCUCGCCUGUUCCAAAUGGAGGCUCCCAGUGGGGAGCACUUAAUAUUUCUAAAUCUUUUAAUCCAGUUUUUGGGUCAUCAAAGAAGUUUUUCUCAGCUUCUGUUCCUGGAUCAAGAAUUGUUUCACGGGCAACAUCCCCAAUAUCAAGGCGGCCCAGCCCACCUCGAUCAACAACACCAACCCCUACCCUGGGAGGACUUACCUCACCAAAGAUUGUUGUUGAUGAUACAAAAAGAACGAAUGAUAGUCUCAGCCAGGAGGUUGUUAAAUUAAGGACACAGGUGGACAGUCUCACUCGCAAAGCUCAACUUCAAGAAGUUGAGCUUGAAAGAACAACUAAACAGCUAAAGGAAGCAAUGGCAAUUGCAGGGGAGGAAACUGCAAAAUGUAAAGCAGCAAAGGAAGUCAUUAAGUCGCUUACUGCCCAGUUGAAAGACAUGGCUGAGAGGCUGCCUUUGGGAGCUGCUCGGAGCAUCAAAUCACCUUCUCUUGCUUCUUUUGGCUCCAGUCCUGCUUCCAUUGAUGUUUCUAACGUUUCUAUUGGCCAAAUGAAUGGUCAUGCGACAUUCCAAGAACAAGACCCAAAUGGAUCAAACAGCCAGUUACUUUCUAACGGAUCAAGCACCAAUAGUAACCGUAGUUUAGGCCACAACAAACAAUCCCAUUCAGAUACAAUGACUAGAAAUGGAAGCAGAAUAAAGGAAUCUGAAUCUAGUCUUGAUACUGAUGUCGAGCAAGACGAGCCCGGUGUAUAUAUUACACUUACAUCUCUUCCAGGAGGUGCCAAGGAUCUCAAGCGAGUUCGCUUCAGUCGGAAGCGAUUUAGUGAGAAAGAGGCAGAACAGUGGUGGGCAGAGAACAGGGCGAGAGUAUAUGAACAAUACAAUGUACGCAUGAUUGACAGGUCAAGUGUUGGCGUGGGCAGCGAGGACUUGGCUAAUUGACAUAUGGGAAUGAUCAUCUGUAAAUGAAAUGAUCUUUUCCACAAUACAGCUUCACUUACUGGGAGGUUGAUACUAAUUGAUUAGAUGUGGCUUCCAUCUGCUAUACAAGUUUGAGGGAAGCAAGGUUUGGUAUAAAGGGUUUGAUUUGUUUUUGUAUUUUCGCAUAAUUUUUUUUUUUUUUUUCCUUUGAGAUUUUUACCUUCCAUUUUUUUCCCUAUAUGUGCCUUGUGUGGGGGUUGAGAGUGAUGAGAAAUGUAAAUUCGUAGUAGGUUGCUGGCUCAUGUAGUUGUGGAUACCAUGUAAAUUCCAUAAGCAAAAUGUAUCUGCUGAUAAUUUCUGUCAGUCUAUAAAUUCAUUAGGCUCGUACUGAAGGCAGCAGUUACGUACCA